GUGCAGCUGCAGAAAUUGUUAACAAGGGGUGGUUGGUGCAGGCACGAGCCUCAUAGGAAAAAAUGUACCGUUAGUCGCGUUGAGUAGGGGUGUAUUGCGCACGGGCCAAUAGAACAGCCUGAGGGCGGUCCCGCGUCUCAACCGUUUUUAUGAACAUCGGUAUCGGUGGCCGGUUUGAGUCUCAGUCGGCAAUCGGCCAGAACUAGGCCACGACGACAGUACACCGUGUGCUGUGUGUCUCACCACACCGGAAAAAACGAAUUAGUCUACGAACACUUGUAGCCAAAAUUUCUAAACACCAAAAACAUGUCGACGAGCUACAACAAUAAAUACACAACACAAAACACAUUCCCAGAUGAUCAAUUACCAGCUACAGCCAGCGCUCAAUCGUGGUACGAUAUGAUGAUUCGACAACAGCAACACGAAAGUUUGGUGGAAAAACUCUUCUUACACGAACAACAGCAACGCUUACAGCACCGGCUACUACUGAGGGAUGAUGAUUUAGAUGAUCGUUGUAGUUCGGAAGAAACAUUUCCAAUCGACUUUCGACAACACAAAUGGCCUAUCACGACGUCUCGAUACUUGCAGGCUCAUGCAGUCCAAGACGAUCCUCAACCUUGUAGCCCUCUGGACUUGUCCGUAAAAGGUCAAAACCACGCGAAAACGACAACAUUGCUUCAAGUUACAGCAACGGUGAACCACCGUCAAGAGGAAUAUUUCGACAAAGGCUCGACUACUCCGGUAAAACACAGUCUACCGGAUUCUAACGCAGUCUCUAUAGAGUCCAAAUGCAAAAGUAAAAAAUCUAAACAACACUCGCCGGUAUUAAAAAUUAACAACAACAACAAUAACAACGUGGACGAACACAACGACGGCAAGUUGCUGAAGAAACUUAAAGCUGCAUCAAGGAAGUUGAACUUUUCCCAAAAGGCUGGACGUUUAGACAAGUCGUCUCCCGUUUCAGGUACGAUUAUAAUUGAAAAGCCCACAGACUUAGGUGACAGUGAAAAAAGUGAACGGUCGGAGAAUCGGAAACGACCGUGGCAAGAUGAUAAUAAAACGUCUGAAAAUGCAUUCGACAAAAGGGACGACUUGUCGGAAGAGUAUCGCGUACGAGAUGUAGGAAACGAAGACGACGACGAAUUUAGUGGUGACAUUGAUCCUAAGUACAACGUUGUUGCCGUGACGAACGAAGCUCGAAGUUUACUAGCCGAAAUUCCCAACGUUAUUGGCGAAUAUCGGUGUAAAUUGUGCGGUACCGUUUACGAUGAUGCUUUUGCUUUGGCCGCCCAUAGGUGUAAGUGCAUAGUGCAUGUCCGUUACCGUUGCCCCGAGUGUUCCAAAGUUUUCCAAUGUCCGGCUAAUUUAGCAUCACACCGCCGGUGGCAUGGCGCCACUACCGGUAAACUUGCCGCCGGCUCUAUCGAGACGAAAAAACUCCAUCACGACGCGUCCAAAGAACGAAAUGAUCUACAGACCAUCGAUGACUCAGUCGAGCGACCAGCUCAGUCUCCAGCUUUUUCAACAACAUCGGCCACUUCAACGGGAAGUUCUGGUAGCAUUCCAACUACAGUGAAUAAUGUUUUCUUCAAGAAGAACAUGUUACAAAGAGCAGCCAUUGAAGCCAACAACAACAUUUAUAAAACAACCGACAACAAUAUGGUAAAAUAAUUAUAUUUAUAAUCAAUCAUACCAAUUAAAGUUAUUUAUCAUUGACAUUAAGUAAAAUAAUAAGUCUUAAAAAUUUCAAGUUUUUAGUUUUCAAAUGUAAAACAUACACAUACAUGCGUUUUUAUAGAUUUUAGAUAAUUAACAAACAUUUCUAGUCAAUCAAUAAUAAUGUGAUCUCAAAUCUAGUAAAAAAACAAUCUAGUCAAAUUCAAAAUUAUUACUCAUCUAGUCUAAAAAAACAAAAAUGAAACUCACAUAGUUCUAGUCGAAUGAAUUGUAAAUAUUACUCAAAGAUUAAACUCUAGUCAUUAUAAAAAAUCCUAGGUUUAAUUUUGAAGCCAUUCUAGUCAUUCAGUUAAUAAUUUUAAGAUCUCAAUUUCUAGUCAUUUAAAACACAAAUAAAAAAAUUAAAACUAUUUUUCUUCAUAAAUUUAUAUGUAUAUUUUUUAAUCUGGUAAAAAAAAAUUAGUAAUCCCACCGACGUUAGUUCUCAUUAAGUGUAGAGAAGUUCCUAUUUAAAUUAGAACAUUUUAUUUAAUUUAGUCAAUCUAAUCCAUUUCUAGUCAUAAAACUACUCUUAAAAAACUCACUUUUCUAGUAUAGUUCAUUAUUAUGGUAGACCCUUGAAAAAAUUCAUAGGUGUCUGCUUUUGAUCUCAAUAGCUAUAACGUAUCAUAAAUAUAUUUAAUUAUAGAUGUAAAAACCCAUGAUCUCAUUCUUAAUUUAAAUUAUAGUCAAAGUAGGUAUUUUGCAAAAGCGCAUGUAAUAAAAACUUUAGUACUGCGUAUUGCAGAAUAAAAAGUCAUACUCUUACCUCUUUUUACGCCUAACAUUUGUAUUUUGCGAGCUAAGGCACAAUAGUAGUUGAUUAACAACACGGUCAUUUAAGUCACCGUGAAACUAUUAUUCUCUUUCGUUUUUAACACGUAUCUCGUUGCUAUUUACUACAGCGGCUCAAAAUUUACAAAAGUGAUGUAAAUUAAAAAAAUGUAUAUAUUAUUAAAUAUGUUAUAAGAAAUCACUAUGAUCUCAUCAGAUAUAAUAAAAUAAUUUAUUUGUAAAUAAUAAUUAGUCAAAUAGGGACAUUGCCAGUAUAUAUUUUUUAUUAAAAAAUAAAUAAUUUAUUGUUGAAUCGUUUGUAAAAAAAAUUUAGUCAUAGUUACUUUAGAUAUUGUACAUUUUAUUCAUACCUAAAUCGUCGCAUCAAACUCGACGUGCGGUUCAGAGUACGUUCUAGUCAUUCCUUUAUAGUCAAAUGUAGUUUCACUUGCUUCAAUGGAAUCUGUAUAAUUGUUUUUUAGUAUUUUAUAGUUCAAAAAAUGUAAUUAAUUUCUUUUGCAAGUACAGACUCCACUGCAGCAGAUGAAAAUGCUAGCUGUAAAUAAUUCUAGUCAUAAUUAAUAUUUAACUUAAAAUUGUCUAUGUAGAAAUAUAUAUAUAUAUUUAUUUAUUAUUUUUAAGUUACAAAUAAAUAGUAUAAAUUAUAUUCUAGUUUUAAAUGUAGAUAAAAUUAUAAAAUCUAGUCGGUUAACAAAUAGACCAUAGUCAUGUAAAUUUUUUUCCUAAUAUGAAAUAAUACGAAAUACAACUUUAAGAAUUUGAUAAUUAAUUAAGACUUAAAUGCACUUUACCAUACCCCUUAAGAAUUUUUUUUUUGUCGAUUGGUUUUUCUCACCCGGUUACGAAUAUGUAAAAAUUAAAAAACUACAACAAGCUAAACUUUAUCUAGUCUAUUCUAGUCAUUGUAUAUUAAUUGUCAAAUUUAUAACUGAUAAUUGCUCAUGAACAAUUACUAAAUUAAAAUAUAAAUAUAUAUAUUGAAAUGAAUAACUUUGAAAAACAUAUUUAAUAAAAGAACGCGUGUAUGUGUGUGCUAAGUAUAUAUGGUGUAAAAUAAAAUACAAAAAAUUAAUUAAAUUGAUACAAUUAUGAUUAUUAUUAUAAUUAUAAAUUAAAAUAGUUUUGUUGUUUGGCCAUUAUAAUCAUGUAUUAUAUGUAAUAACUCAGUGGUGUAGUUAGGAUUUAUAUUGGAAGAGAGGCUAAGGCCUUUUAUAUAUAGUUUUUGUCUUAUAAUAUACUCUUACUAGUGUCAUAGUCACUACUAAGUCAUAUACUAUUUAUAGUAAUAAUUUGCCAAUGAAAAGGGCAAUAACACUUUAGACCCCGCUUUGGCUCCUCUACUCUAAUAGCUAUCUAUUUGUAGAUAAUUAAUAAUAUCUUACAAUAUUUUUAUCUGCACAAAAAUUUAAUCGUUUGUAAAUAUUAUUUAUUUUUCAAAAUUUUAUUGUAAAAAAUAUAUUAUAUGUAGUAUUAUGGCUCUACAGUAUAGUUAUUACAAGAAUAUUUUACACCAUUUCUAUAAAUGUAUUUUUUAUUAUUAUCAUUUAAAAAUUGUUCGUUUUUAUUAUAUUUUCACUAUUUUUAUUAGUAAUCAUAGAUAGUAUUAUUUUUAAAUUCCAAGAAUGUACAAAUUCAGUGAAUAAUGCACCAAAAUACUUUUAUUUGUUUUUUUUAUUUAGUAAAUAUGAACAAUAAUUUAACAUAUCUACAAGAAUUUAAUUAUUAAAUUUUUAUUGAGUCUACAAUAUUUUUCUA